AUGGAUAAUUCUAGCAAUCAUAUGAGAAUCUGCCACGUCAAUUCCCAGUCUUUGCUUGCUCACAUUGACGAAUUCAGGAUGUUUUUUAUGAACAAUUAUUAUCACGUAAUUUGCCUGUCCGAAACUUGGUUGAAGCCUGCAAUCUCAGAUCAGAUGGUUAUCUUGCCUGGUUAUCAAUUAUUCAGACAUACAAUUAUUUUUGGUGACUUAAAUGCAAAUAUGCUCUGUAAUACAUAUGACUCUGAACAAAUUUCGAACUUCGUAUCCGUUUCGGCUCAAUACAUGGUGCCUUAUGAACCUACGCAUCAUACGCCCACGUCUACUACUUUCCUGGAUCUUUGCAUUGUGGACGAUUGCGAUAAGUUAAUUAAUUUUACUCAAAAAGAUGUAAAUUUUCUUUCAUCGCACGAUCUAGUGGAUAUUACGUACAAUAUUUACGUUCAACGAUGCAAUACCAGAACUAUCACCGUCAGAGAUUUUAGCAGCUUCGAUUUGACUGUUUUUCAAGGAGAGCUUGUUGACAAGGACUGGAGUCGGCUGUUGGCUUCUAAUGAUAUUGAGGAGAAAACUGCUUUGCUAUAUGACUUUUUAAAUGAAUGUUUAGAUAAGUACGCUCCUUGGAAGAUUAUCCAUCCUAAACAUUUGCCGGCGCCUUGGAUAACCAACGAAAUAAGAAAUAUGAUGGAUAAGAGAAACAAGCAAAGGAGAAGAUGGCGUAGACAUAAGGACGAACCUAGUCAUACUGCGUAUAAAAGUUUGAGGAAUGAGGUGCAAGAUAUGAUACGAAGAGCAAAACAGGAAUACUAUAUGACUAUCUUUGCCAAUAUUAAGGAUCCCUCGGAUGCAUGGAAGAAAUUAAGACAGCUAGGACUGGUUAAAUCUAAAAAAACUGAUAAGAUGAUUUUAUUUUCAACUGAUGAGCUAAAUACCUACUUUCUUACAAGCUCUCACAACGGUUCUUCAAAAAAUCCAACAGCUCUAUUUCUUGGUGAAGAAUUGUAUGAUGACACCAAAUUUUAUUGGAAAGAUAUAGGCAUUGGUGACAUAUGUAACGUAAUAAAAAACAUUAAAUCAGGCGCUGUUGGUGUAGAUGGCUUAUCGGUGGAGUUUUUACGUAUGGCCUUACCAAGUAUUCUACCAAUUAUAGAGCAUAUUUUUAACUUCUGUACUCUCAACGGUGUCUUUCCUACAAUUUGGAAAACGGCCAUUAUCACUCAGUUUGUAGAAGAAAAUAACUGCCUGGACCCUUAUCAGAAUGCGUAUAGAAGGGAUUUUUCUACGCAAACAGCUCUGGUGCGAGUACUGGAUGACAUUAGGCAAGCUGCCGAUCAACGAGAACAUUGCGACUGCUGUGUUCUUAUCUUUUUGGCAGAACACAGUUUGUUCGGAACUCCAGUUCCGGCGAACUCUCAAUGGAAUUGCCUGUUGCAAAAGUUACUUGGUGUAGUAGUGGUACAGCAGUAA